AUGGCAACUAAAAUGCUGACAUCUUGUAGAACUUUUGAUAGUGAGCUGCAAAUUAUAGUUCCUAAAGGAUGGGACAAGCUUUUUCUUUCUAUUGUUUCAGUGGAGUCUGGAAAAACAAUUGCUAAAACUGGCAAAGCUACUGUGAGAAGUGGAAACUGUCAGUGGACAGAGGCAGAAUCUAUAUGGGUGUCUCAAGAUGAUACAUCAAAAGAGCUUGAAGAAAGCCAGAUUAAGAUUGUCAUUUCACCGGCUUCGGCUAGAUCUGUGAUCAUUGGUGAGGUCACCUUAAAUCUAGAAGAUUUUCUAAGUGCAGGUGACACUGGUCCUCUGUUCCUUCCUUUGCAGAAGUGUGAUUCUGGGACAACUUUACAGGUCAAGGUUCAGAGUUGUUCCCCGAUAUCAAAAUUCAGGGUUGGGAAAUCUUUGAAAGAAACUUCUCAUUUUGAAGAGCAAGAUAAUGACGCUGAAUUGGAUAGCAAGCAUGGAUCUGACAAUAUAAUCCAUAGUAGUACCAAUUCUUCCUCAAGGAAUCAAUUGGGCUACACCUAUGCAGAUGAUAUUGGAAAUAGGGAUACGAACUUCUCAGCAUCAUGCUCACAACGUAAUUCUGAUUCAGUUGAUAGCUUGGACAGGGCUGCUUUUUCUACCAAAAAAAACUCAAAUGGGGCACACUACAUUGGCAGACAAGGUUCAUCUGGCUUAUAUAGUGAAAAUUAUGGCACAGUUCCUGGAGAUGAAUCUUUAAGAUCGAAUCAAUCAUCUUUGAGCUCCAGUGCCUCAAGUUCUUCACUGCAUAAUCAAUGGGAAGACACGAAUGCACAUACUUCUGAAAGAGUAGUGAUGGGAUCAUCAAGGCCAUCUGACUCGUCAAAGGAUCUCCUUCAAACUGCUGAAGAGACUGAGGAACUCCGUGAUGAGGUUAAGAUGUGGGAGAGACAGUCUCAACAGUUGAAACUUGAUCUUGAGAGUUUAAAGGAAGAAAUUUCUGAGAAAGCUAUGCGUCAGGCAAACCUGGAUAAGCAGCUUUCAGCUACAAAAAGGGAGCGUGACUCUUUAUUGAAAGAAGUUGAACAACUGAAGGUGGCACUUGAGAACUCAAUGUCAAAACAAACAAAUAUCGGCAGUUUCAAAACUGAAAAUUCUGCUCAUGUUCUGAAGGAAUUGGAGGAUGAGCUGAAGUUUCACAAAGAAUCCAAUGCUAAUUUAGCUCAACAGUUGAAACAAGCACAAGAUUCGAACAUUGAAUUUGUCUCAAUUCUUCAAGAAUUAGAAGAGAUCACAGAGAAACAGAACUUGGAGAUAGCUAGUCUUUCACAACAGAGCUGUCUAGAUGGACAAGAAAAACACGAUAGGAUUCCAAAGUCUUUGGACAACGAGGCUGAAUGCAGGGGAGAGAUGCUAGGUAUUAGAACAAGUAACUCUAAUCUAGAAAUAGAAAUUGAGACCCUCAAAAACAAAAUACAGGAGUUAGAGUCAGAUUGUGCUGAGCUAACAGAAGAAAACUUAGAUAUGAUGUACAAGUUGAAGGAUGCUGGGAAAGGAAGUCCAUCACAAAUUUGUAGGUCUAAAGAAUCUCGUGAUGAAAUUUCAGAUGACAAUUGCAAGUAUGGAAAUGUCUUGCUUAAAUCUCGAGCACGUGAACUUGAGGAUGAGCUCAAGAGGAAGGAAGCUACAACUGCAACAUUGUCAGCUAAGUUCAAAGACCUUGAGAAUGUUUCUGCUGAUCUUGAGAUAGAACUACAACAUUAUAAGGACAAAACAAGUGACCUUGAGGCAAAUCUUUGUCAAAUGCACAAGGAAAUAGAAGAAAAGAACUUUGAAAUAUCCAAUCUACACAAAAAGCUUAAACUAAAUCUUGAAAAUGACUACUCUAGUAUGCAAAUUGUGCUUUCUGAAAUGAAUAACCAAGUUCGUCUUGCUUUAGCUCAAGCAAAAAGCUUGCACUUGAAGGAUAGCUCUAUUGCAGAUAAGGAUUUUGAUUGUAACUGUGAUGAAAACCCUUCAGAUAUUCUGAGUCAGAAGAGUCUGGUAGAGGAUGUCACUAAAAGUUUAUUUGAACUAAAUUCGCUACUAAAGAAAAAGGAAACUAAAAGUGAUGGAAACAGAGAGGAUGAGAUCCAAUCUACCUUGUUGCUAAAAGAACAGGAGAUAGAAAGAUUAAAAUCUUCUAGUAAGGAGCUUGAAGAUCUUAUUUCCAUCCUUCAGCAAGAGAAAUUUCAACUGGAGGAAGAUUUGACUUCUUUACAAAAGCAAAAUGAUGAAAUGUCUAAACUUUUGGAAGAUGUGGAGAAUGAUUUAGAAGAGAUUACCGGUAGCAUGGAAUUUCAUGUUUCUGCUAAUAAGAAUCUUGAGAAAAAAACAGAGGAACUUCAAAAUUGCAAAAUGGAACUAGAGUUGCAAAAUUCUGAGAUUGAACAUGAAAAUAUCAAAUUAUCUGAACGUGUAGCUGGUUUAGAAGCCCAACUAAGAUUUCUAACAAAUGAGAAAGAAUCCUACAGAUUAGAGCUGGAGGAUACUAGAUCACUUGUUGUGAAUUUAAAGGAUGAUGUUGAACAACAUAAAGGUCAAAUGGAGAUGCAGAAAUCAGAACUAAAACAAAAGGUUCAGGAGACACAAAAGCAGUUAUCAGAAGCCCUGGGGGAGUCUGAUGUCUCAAGGAGAUCAAACUCAAAAUUGGCAGCUACAAUUGAGAAUCUUAUGGAAGAGUGCCGCACACUUCAGACACUAAUUGGAGACUUGAAGAGACAAAAGACGGAAUUGCGUCAACAAAUUAUACAUCUUGAAGUUGAAUUAAGUGAAUCAAGAAACAAGAAUUUUGAUUUUCAUGACAAAGUUGAUGUUUUAGAAUCAAAACUUUCUUCUCUGCAAAAAGAAAUAGCAUCUAAGGAGAAGGCACUGCUCUUGCAACUUGAUCGAUUUCUUCAUGAUCUCAAGGAACAUGAAGAAAAAGUAGGUAAUGUGAAUAUUUUAUUAAAACAUAUUGAAAUAGAGAAAACACUAAAAGUUGAGAAUCUUGAGAAAGAGAUAACUAAUCUUACUUCACAAAUGUCAGUGAGUGAGGAUGACAGAGAAAAUCUAGCAUUAGAUGCAGUGCAUGAAGCAUCCGUCCUUUGUGCAGAUAAAGCUAGGCUUGAAUGUAGUCUUCAGGAAAUCAGUUCAAAAGCUAAAUUUUAUGAGGCUGAUUUACAGGCAGUGCAGAAAGAGUCCAAGAGUAAGAUUCAAGGGUUAGUUGAUUUGCUUAAUGCUUCUAAGCAGAGUGAGGAGAUGUUAAUGGCUGAUAUUGAGCAAAUGAAACAAGUACUGGGGGAUGCCAAAUCAAAUGAACAGAAACAUAGAAAAAUAGUAUAUGAUUUAGAAUUGAAGAACAAAACUUUGGAAUAUGAAAAACAACAGACAAUGGAAGAAAUUUCCGAGUUAAAGUUUCAGUUGCAGAAACUGUCUCAUCUUCAGAAUACAAUUUUGGCUCUUGAAAACUCUCUUGAUGAGGCAAACUGUGAAAAGCGAAAACUGAAGGAGUUAUUGAAGUCAGCAACAGAAGAACAUGAAGAAUUGAUGUCAGAGAAAGUCUCUUUGAAUGAAAAGAUUUCCAACAUGGAUAAGACUUUAUGGGACAGUGAAGAUGAUAGGCGAAGAAGGAUUGCCUUGCAAGAACAACUUAUGAGGCUUGAGAAUCUCUUAUCAAUCAAAGAUGCAUCUUGUUCAACAGAAGUGGAACUGAAAAAUGAACUUAAUCAGUUCAAGCGAACAAACGGUGAGUACCAGAGAAAGAUUCAAAAUCUUGAGGAAGAGAAUCUUGAAUUGACGAACAAAGUGCGGUCGAUGGAGUCUCAAGAUGAAAUUACUAAUAGUGAGAAUGAAAAAAUCUCACCAGGCCAUAUUCAAAGGGAAUGUGCCAGUAAUAAAGUUGUACGUGCCAAAGGACAAACUGAGUCUUCGGAGGCAAAUAACACACACAAAGAUGGACUUAUACGAGGCAUUUCUCAGAGUCAAUCUGAAGACGUUGAAGCCCUCAAGAAAGUUAUCAACGACCAUGCAGAUAAAAUCUCUUCUUUGGAGUCUGAACUAAAAGAUAUAAGAGAGAAGUAUCUUCAUAUGAGCCUCCAAUAUGCAGAAGUAGCGGCUGAACGUGAAGAGCUGGUAAUGCAGCUUAAAUCUGCCAAAAAGGAAAGAAGAUGGUUUUCGUGAACUUGGUUGUUCUGACUAUUGUUCAUCAUUUUCUUUCCCA